UCUGCAUUGCCACUCUCUAUUUGCUACGCACACACGCUCCUACCUGCCCCCUUCUCAGUUCUUCCUGGUGGUAUGAACUUUAGAUGCAGCAGUGAAGUGUCGAACUGUUGCGUGUCACAUCUGCCAGAGAAUUCCUGAGUGAUUAUUGACGGUGACUGAAGGUGGACACACCUCUCUACCUAUCAGUCUCUCAGUCCUGGCUGUCUGUCUGUCUACAGGACAAUGUUAUAGUCUUCCUCAGACUAAAAGAGGCACAGCUCUUUUGCCCAGGAGACCUCCAAGACACAUCCAGUAGAGUCGAUGUCAAUGUAUGUAUUUUGUUACUCGUUGUGGAUUUUGUGGAACCCGGGAAGAGUAGCCGCUGCUUCUACAAAAGCUAAUGGGGACCCAAAUAAACAGGCACUUGAGGAAUCAUCCGGCCAGAGAGCCAGCAGCAGCAGAAGAUUUAGAGAAAGAGACAGUGGUUUCAGAGACAGCUGGUAUAGUGGGAGAGAGGAUAUAUUACCUUUACUGAGAGGAGGAGGAUACAGUGUUCUAGACCACACAGCAGAUCCCUGACAACACGCUCAAAGCAGCAGUGAGGUCUCCACUUGUCUAUUCUGGCUUUCACCUCUUCUCUCCCCUCUCUCAGAGCCCUCCCUCUUACUCUUUCCUGCCCCUCUAAUCUCCACUGUCCUUCCCCUCCCCUCUUCCUUCACCUCACACCUCAAUUUUACCCCUUUUUCUUCUAUCUCCUCAUCCCCCACCUCUCCUCCCCUAGGUUCUGGGAGUGACGCGGAGACGGACUCAGUCUUCAGGAUGGCGGCAGACAGUAACAAGGAUUCACUGCACUACCGCCGCUCGCUGGUCAUCGAGCCUAAAACGACCACGCAGUUCAACCAGUUCCUGCCCACCAAGGACAAGCCAGCGGCCUAUGUGCCAGCGCCGCUCCGCAAGAAGCGGGCCGAGCGCCAUGAGGACAGCCGCCGGAGCUGGGCCAGCCCCAUGUACACGGAGGAAGAUGGCACCUUCACCAGACUGCUCCAAAAGCGCGCAGUUGCUAACGACGGGAGCAAAUCAAUGACAGACCUUGCAGUGGACCAGGCAGCCCUGAAGCAAGUAUGCUACGAGGAACUACAGAAGAUCAGAGAGCAGGUCAAGGAGAACGAGGACCAGUGGCAGGAUGACCUCACCAAGUGGAAAAACCGUCGCAAGAGCGUCAACUCUGAUAUUGUGAAGAAGAAAGAGGAGAGGGAGCAGAUUGAGCAGACCACAGCGAGCAGCGGAGGAGGGAGCGGUGGUUUCCUGAGGUCCAACCGGAGCUCCAUCGGCAGUCGUCUCAACUCCCUCGCCUCCCUGGACCAGGACGUGUUUGAAGACUCCGCUCCGGUCCUCCAAACCCGUACCCUCCCCCCCAGGAGCUACACCAUCGACUAUACCUACACCCCCGUUGACCGCCCCAGUCACACACCCCCCUCCGUGCCCCACCCGAGAGAGGAGGACCCCGCCCCCACUGCCACCAUGGCAACUGACAGGGCCUACUCGCCCUCCAGGGGUGACAUGAGCAACAGUAGUGACCGUCCCUCCGGUUCAGGUAGCGACAUCACAAACAACACUACCACCAUCGGUCGUACCUCAAACUACAACCGCUACGUUCCAGCCCCGACCCCCUCGGAGAGAGCCCCGACCCCUUCGGAGAGAGCCCCGACCCCCUCGGAGAGAGCCCCAAGGGGAGCCCCGACCCUCUCGGAGAGAGCCCCGAGGGGAGCCCCAACCCCCUCGGAGAGUGCCCCGACCCCCUCGGAGAGAGCCCCAAGCCCGGCCUUGCGGUACACCAGUGCAGCCAAGACGGAGGAGACCUCCAGCACCACCACCGUCACCACCCCCAGCUUCCUCCCAAAACUACCCGAGCCCAGGCGCCCGUGGGCGGGCAAGGUGGCUGAAGAAGUGACCACUUCCACUGCUGGUGGUUCUCUGUACAAACUACAACCACAGUACAACUCGGUGGCGAUGGAGCCAAAGCCUAUGCCUCCCAGUGUGUCUCGGGUUUCUGCCUCUCUCCCCAGGAGCUACAUGAAAUCGGAUAGUGCUCUCCUCACCUCUGUCGUCACGCCACGGCCUUUCGGGAGCCAGUCCACCUGCAUCGCAUCGCUGCCCCGCGCCUACACCAAAAACGGCGAGAUGGAUGUCACCAAGAAGUCGUCCGUCCCCAGCCGCUAUAGCCAGGUCAUGACCUCCGAGGACGAGUCACGUUCCCACUCCAACUCUGCCAACAGCAGUGGAGGAGAGGAAGAGGAGGAGGAAGAAGAAGAAAAGAGAGAGAGGGUACGGGGAGUGAACCCCACACUGGCCCCUACCCUGGCCCCCUCUCCUGUCCCUUCUCAGGCCAGGAGUCCUUUCACUGCACUCCAGCCCCCGAAAGUGGCCUCCCCAGCCCUGGUCAGUCUUGUACGUGCAAAGGACACAAACCAGGAGAGCUACUCUGACAUGCGAAUCAGUCUGAACCAGAAGCCCAACAGCAGUCGAGACUUUGGCUUCCAGACAGAGUGGGACUCCACUGGAGCUCACGUCACCUCCAUCCAACCAGGCAGCCCAGCGGAGCUGUGCCAACUGCAGGUGGGAGAUGAAGUGCUGGCGGUGAGCGGGCACAGGGUGGCAGAGAUGAGCUACGGCGAGUGGAAGAGCAGCACAGAGCAGGCCCUGCAGCAGGGCAGCCUCACCAUGGACAUACGUCGCCACGGCAGGAACAACUGGGACAGAGACCUACCUUCCCUGCCGUGUAAAAGCCAUAAGACCAUCAAUCUGACCAGUAUGAAUCAUCAUCCAACACUUAUAGGUUCCUCCAACACAGCCACUGUUAACUCAACCACCAGCUUGGCUUUCACAUCUCAGGGAUCCAUAGAAACCACCAAGGAAAUCGCCAUCCAACAAAUCAUUGAUGUGGCAUCCAUUGGAGUGAAUGGAGGUUUCCAUGACGAGACGGUGACCAUGAGAAACAAAGAGUCUGUAGAACCAAUAUCUUUGAAAAACUUAAAACGGAGGUCAGAGUUUUUUGAACAAGGAGGAUCAGAUUCUGCGAUAUCAGAUAUGCCCGUUCCCUCCAUCGCUCCCUCCUCUAACCACUGGUCCUGGGACCUGGAGGAGGAGCGCCGGAGGCAGGAGAAAUGGCAGAAAGAGCAGGAGAGACUUCUACAGGAAAAAUACAGCCGUGACCAGGAGAAACUGGAGGAGGAGUGGCGUCGGGCCCAGCAGGAUGCUGUGACUGAGGGGGGCAGACACCACCAAGAAGAGCCGAGCAGCAAGAGUAUCAGCCUACUCUGCCCUCUCCGCCAGCCCAUCCUGCCCUGGGAGGAUCAGGAGGAAGAGAGGAGGAGGAGGAGGAAAGAGGAGGAGGAGGCACAGCGAAGACAGGAGGAGGAGAAGAGGAAAAUGGAGGAAGAGCAGCGAUGGCAGGAGGAGAGGAUGAGAACGGAGGAGCGAGAUCUGCUGCGUCUUCAGAAGGAGAGGAAGAGGGAGAAGCAAAAGGAGGAGGAGAGGAGACAGAGGAAAGAGGAGGAGCUGAGAUGGCAAAGGAGGAAGGAGGAAGAGAGGGAGGACGAGAGGAAGCACCAGGAGGCUGCUAAUCAACAACACAUGGAGAAUGCCAGAAUGCAGGAACAGCAGCAAUGGGUGGGAGACUCCUGUGGCUAUGCCAAGGUCCGGCCUGAGAUAUCAAUGGCAGACAGGGCAAAGUCCAAAUCUACUCCAGAGCUAGACGACGUGGAGAAACCAGAGAAUAAAAUGAGUGUGAACACACUGUGCCCAGGCUGGUACGGCCGCUCGGGGGGCAUGGCCCAGAAGUUACUGGAGGAGGAGUUGAGACGUAAAGCAGACAAAAAUGACCAGAGUCUCCGGGCUGCGUCAGAGCUGGAGUUGGAGAGGAGAAACAUCCUGAAUGCCAUGCGAUACAGAGAGCCAGAAAGAGUGACUAGCAGUGGUGGGCUGGGUGAGGCAUCGUGGAGGAAUGGCCAGCAGAGCCUGUCCCAGGCAGAGCUAGAGAGGCAGCAGAUCCUGCAGGAGAUGAAGAAGAAGACCCAACUGGCCACAGACAACAGCUGGAUCCGCCAGCGCACUACCACCAGCAAGGACCCCGCUGCCAGCCUCAUCAGCAGAGGUGAGUCUCUGGACAACCUGGACACUGCACCCCGCUCUUCUUGGCGCUCAUCGUGGUCAACCUCAUCCAUCCCCAACUACAGCUCGCCUCACUCAGCGCUUUCCAGCCUCAACACCACAUCCUCCCACGGUGAUGGUGGCUACGGCGGUGGUGGCUACAGCGGCAGCGGGGUCGGUGGUCGUCCAGGCUCAGCCACCCUGCCCUUCUCCCUCUCCAUGAGCUCCCUCAGAGGGGCUGGGGGGAGCAACCCGUCUCCCUGGUCCCAAUGCUCGCCAUCGCCAUCUCCCUCCCCCACUACUUCUCCUGGCCUCGAACCCGAGUCACGCCCAUCCUCGCAGCAACGCAGCAGGUCAGUGAGUGGCAAGAAAAUCUGUACGUUCUGUGAGACGGCGCUGGGCAAGGGAGCCGCCAUGAUCAUCGAGUCCCUGGGACUCUGUUAUCAUUUGACCUGUUUCAAGUGCAUUGAUUGUAAGUCCGACCUGGGAGGAUCGGAGGCCGGAGCUGAGGUCAGAAUACGGAACCGACAGCUCUACUGUAACUCCUGCUACAUGCGAUUCAAAACUGGACAGCCAACCUCCAUGUGACAUCGCUGUACUACAGCAGAUUGAGGAAGAGACAAUUCUUGACAACAACCCAUGAACACUGCAAUCACGACAACAAGCCGUAACACUUUGCUAGAUGACAACUUUAGAUGUAUUAAUGUGUAUUAUGAUUCUGCAAAAAGCCCUUAUUCUUCAAUGAACUACUAUCUUAUUAUUUCUUGUUACUGUAUCCAUGAGAGGGUGAGAUUGACAAAAAAAAGUUAACAUGUUUAUUUCAAAGUAGUAUUAUCCUGAUUACUUCAUAUUUCAGAAACGUAAGAGUUUUCGUGCUAGGCUGUGGGAAGCCUGCGUUUUCUUCUCCUUUGGGGUUCCUUUUCACCUGUGCCUUUUUUGUUUGUGAUGGUGGGAAGAUUAUUUAGAUUAAAUGGAUUCAAAAUAUAUAAAAAAACUGGCAUGGUUGGUUAGAGAGAGUGAGCAAUUAAUGGGGAGUUGUUGUUCUUUCUCAUUAAUUGAGUGAAUCUUAUACAUUUGAGAUGUUAAGAUAAUUUUUGCCAGAGAAAAAAUAUAUAAUAUAUGGGAUUGAGGCAAAUGUUGUUCAAUAACAUUUGUUAAUAAAAAUUGUGAUCCAGA